AUGGCAACAAGCUUAUUAACAGGUGCCAUCUUCGGCACAGGCCUCACUCUCUCAGGCGUAGCAAACCCGCAGGUCAUAAAGAAUCAAUUCCGCCUCUCCGACUUCCACAUGCUCGCCACGUUCCUCACCGCAUCCGCGACCAGCGCCGCAAUCUUCACCCUCUACAACUCCAAGACCACCAAGAUACCAGCCCGGUCAGCAAGUUCGCACGGAUGGUUGGGCCCGUACGACGGCAACAUAAUUGGUGGUGCCAUGCUAGGUCUGGGGAUAAGCUUAACGGGUGCUUGUCCCGGGACGGUCCUCGUGCAGGCCACGGCGGGUAUUGGCGCCAGUCGGCUGCUCGCAUGCACGUCGCUCCUUGCGGGCGUUGUUUGGGUGCGGUGUAAGCCGUACAUGGUCAAGCCGCCGACGAGCCGUGCCCAGAAUACAUCAGUCAUGGAUGUUACCGGUUUGUCUGCAGGCAAGGUUCUCGUCGGGUACGAGAUAACGAUGCUUGCGAUACUUGCCGGUAUCUUAUACGUCGCCCCGAGAAGUGUUACCAUGCUGCAUCCGGUUGUCGGUGGCCUCCUCAUCGGCUUCGGGCAGUUAUCGUCUGUUAUCUUGACCGAGAAGCCCGUUGGAGUCAGCGGUGCCUAUGAGGAGUUUGGAAAGUUCUUCUGGGAUACUGUCAGUGGCAAGGGCAUAAAAUCCAUCCCUCAGAACAUUCUUUUUGCAUGUGGAUUGAUGAUGGGUUCUUGGGCGGCUUUAUCUAACUUUCCGGCUAUUCGGGAUGUCAUGACACAAAGUGAACAGGCAUCACUGCCAAUGGUUCUGGCUGGCGGAGCUUUUCUGACUUUCGGCGCUCGCAUCGCUGGUGGAUGCACAAGUGGUCAUGGUAUCAGUGGUAUGGCCACGAUGGGGUUGAGUUCCUUUAUCACUAUCGUUUCGAUGUUUGGUGCUGGUUUGGUGGCUGGACUCUGGUUUGCUUAG